UCCCCUCCAUCACGAAGUCCUUACAAAAAGUACAGCUGCGAGAGCCUCUUUAUAGCAUCGCCAUGUCUUCGACAACAGUAGUGGUAUCGUCCCCGCAACACGAAGAGGAGGACGCCACCCUCCCCGCCGAGUUCUUCCUUAAAGCUGCCGUUUUGUUAAAGAACCAGGUGGUGGAGGCGACGUGGAGGGACGGCGGCGCGCGCUGCGACGAUCCGACGGCGUACGCGGGGCUGCUGGGGACGGCGCUCAUGUGCCUGCGUUCCUAUGAGGCCACCGGGAGUCUCGACGAUCUCCGGCUGUGUGCCGAGAUCGUUGACGCGUGUGCAGUAGCCGCACAGAGUUGGAACAGGGACGUGACGUUCUUGUGCGGGAGAGCUGGGGUUUACGCUCUUGGAGCUGCUGUUGCUAACUACAGGAAGGAAUUUGAACGUUGUGAACUCUUUUUGGACCUUUUUCUCAAGGUAGCUGGAGAAAAAGCUCUUUCAGUCGGACCCGAGGAGGGGGGGUUCGGCAUGUCCUAUGAGCUACUCCACGGUCGAGCCGGCUUCCUCUUUGCUGUGCUCUUUAUCAACAAGCACCUCGGGCCAGGCACAGUCCCAGAUGAACUAACUGACCCAAUAGUGGAGGCCGUCCUAGCCGGUGGUCGGACCGGAGCGUCAGACACCAUGCAAUGCCCUCUAAUGUAUCGAUGGCAGGGCACGUGCUUCUGGGGCGCGGCCCACGGCUUGUCUGGGAUUCUCCAUGUGCUGCUCCACUUUAAGCUCAAUGGUCAAGACCGCAAGGACGUCGAGGAAACGAUCCAAUACAUGAUUCGGAAUAGGUUUGAACAUAGCAAGAACUACCCCUCAAGUGAGGGCAAUGCGCGGGACAAGCUAGUCCAAUGGUCCCAUGGAGCUGGGGGUGUUGCAAUUAUGCUUUGCAAGGCUGCUCAGGUCUUAUCCGGUGAAAAAGUUUCAAGUGACAUAUACCUAAAGAAUAAGGAAUACCAAGAUGCAGCGGUUGACGCAGGGGAAGUGGUGUGGAAGAGGGGAUUAAACGACAGUUACGGACUUGCUGAUGGAAUAGCUGGAAAUGCUUAUGCUUUCCUUUCAUUGUAUCGACUAACAAAGGAGAACAUAUAUUUUGAGAGAGCUGCAACAUUUUCCUCCAUACUGUAUCAGAACACACUUAAGCUUAAGGUUUAUGAUGAUAAAGAUUACGGAGAGAAUAAAUACUCUCUUUUCCAAGGUUUUGCCGGAGUGGCAUGCCUCUGGUUUGACAUGAUGUCGCCAGAGAGUGCUAGGUUUCCAGGAUUUGAGCUUUAAGUUCACUGUAAAUUACUCUGUGGUGGUUAGGUUUGUGGGACAUGUAUGUUGCAAGAACAUAGUUGAUCUGUUCGAAAUCUAGUUUGAAGGAUCAAGUUCAAA